UCAGUUGGAAUUGAAUCCGUGCUGUGAGCAAUCAAUUUGAUUGAAAGAUUUUCGUUUUCAAAACAAAAUAGUCGUAUUUUAUUCAAAGAAGCUCUUCGGAAUUCAACUAUAAAUCACUUUAAAGGAUUAAAAAAUUUAAAAUCAAUUUUUUGCAACUAAAUUGUAAUUGAAAAUUUAAAUUAAGUCUUAAAUAUUAUAAUUUUUCACAAAAUGUUUCCGCGAAAAUUAACAAGAGCCGUUGAACAAUCACUCAAACCAUCAUCGGUAAAUACGAAAUUUGAGUUUGAAAUCAGUGAUACUGGGUAUGGUAAGGACCACGUAAAGAUAUUGCACGUUCGUCGCGAUGGAAAUGUUCACCACAUCAAGGAGUUUGAAGUAAAUACCCACUUAAAACUCUACAGCAAAAAGGAUUAUUUAAACGGCGACAAUAGCGAUAUCAUUGCAACUGAUUCCCAAAAGAAUACCGUCUAUUUGUUGGCGAAAAAGUUUGGAGUGAAAUCACCUGAAGAUUUUGCUCUUACAUUGACAAGACAUUUUCUUUCGAAAUAUCGACAUGUGAAGGAAGCUCAUGUGCACAUAGAAGAGCACCCAUGGGACAGAAUACGCUACACAAACGCGGAGAAUAAACCAAAAGAGCAUAAUCAUGGUUUCCUUUUUACGCCGGUGGCAACUCGUUAUUGCGAUGUAAUUCAUCAACGUGAUGUCCGUCCAACGAUAAUAAGCGGAUUGAAAAAUUUAAGAGUGCUGAAAACAACACGAUCAAGUUUUGUUGACUUUGUGGACGAUGAGUUUCGUUCAUUGCCCGAUAUGGAAGAUCGCUUAUUUAGUACUAAUGUGAGCUGUUGUUGGGAAUAUUUGGAAAUAAAUGAUGUUAAUUUUGAUCAAAUUUGGACAACGGUCAAAGAAAUUAUUUUGAAAAAUUUUGCCGGUGAUCCAAUUGAAGGAGUUAAUUCACCAAGUGUACAAAAUACGAUAUACCUUAGUCAAAGAGAUAUUUUAGCUGCAAUUAGACAGAUUGGCGUUGUGAAUAUUGAAAUGCCAAACAUUCACUACUAUCCAUUUGAUAUGUCAAAAUUCCCAAAAGUGAUACAAGGGGAAAAUAAAGAAGUAUAUCAUCCAGUCGACAAACCAAAUGGAAAUAUUUUUUCGCAGCUGGCGCGAGUUGAUAAUCUAAAAUCCAAACUAUGAAAUCAAUUGUUCAAUUCUUUUUAUCAAAGUUUACUCUCAUUCUGUACCCUGAAGAGUAUUGUUACAACCAUCUUCAAUCGAAAGUUUUUAGUAUUAGCUUAGAAAAAAAUCUUAAUUUUGUUAAAUUUGUGAGAAUAUUGGUUGAGACAUAAGACAUGUAUUAUUUAAUAUUUAGGAAUAAAUGUAAAAUCAAAAGAA